CUGCCUGCUGAAAAAUAAGUGCGCAGCUCCGCAGCACGGCAGAGGGGGCUCUCCACUGAAAACCGCAAAACCUGGACUAAUUUAUACAACCACCGGCUCUUAUUGUCAUUAUUUAACAACAAACAUGACCGCCACUAUUAUUUCUCCUUUCUUCGAGUACAGGGAAGAGUCGAACAAGAACAGUAAGAUGCAUGAAAACUACAGUAACAACAACAACAGUUUUGAUGGACUUCAGCUGGUGUCUGUCCCAUGCUCCAGUGCCAACCCCCCGUCCUGCACCCCUACUGGGUCCCUGCUGGACAGGAAAGUGGUGGGGGCCCCCUCUGCAGAAGGCCUGUUCCAACGCUGUCACUCCGUCAGCCUCCCGAGUCCAAAGUUCAGCCAUAACCAGUUUGUCAACAUUCAAAGGGAUCCUUCACUGAUUCUGGGCAGCAGCAUCAACAACAACAAGGAGAACCAUUUCCGUGAGCGCUCCUAUUCGGAGCUGGGGGAGCGGCUGUGGCCCGGCUCUCCGGGAAGCAGCCAAGUGAACUCGAGUCGCUACAAGACGGAGCUGUGCCGGCCCUUCGAGGAGAACGGCACCUGUAAAUACGGAGAUAAGUGCCAGUUUGCCCACGGCAUGCACGAGCUGCGCAACCUGAGCCGCCACCCCAAGUACAAAACGGAGCUGUGCCGCACCUUCCACACCAUCGGGUUCUGCCCCUACGGCCCCCGCUGCCACUUCAUCCACAAUGCAGAGGAGCGCCGGGGGCCCCCUCCCCUGUCUGCCUUUAACAAGAUGGAGCGCCCUCGGCUGCAACACAGCUUCAGCUUUGCCGGCUUCCCGAGCUCCAGCGGCCGGCGGGACAGCCCCACCUCGGUCACACCUCCACCCUUGUUCGCCUCCGAAGACCUGGGUGAGUGGCAGAGCAACCCCUUUACUUACGCAAGCCAGGAGCUUGCAGGCCUAUUCGGCCCCAGCUUGGGGCCACCACCCAUAUCUGAGCCUCAGGUUCUGGCCCCGCCUUCUCCGAGUUCCACCUGCUUUUUCCAGCCGCCAUCAGAAAGCUCCUCCAGCCCAGCAAGCUCUCUGUCGGAUCAGGAGGGCUACCAGAGCAGCCAGGGCAGUCAGAGUGGGUCCGAGUCCCCGCUGCUGGACGCCUCCCGCCGCCUCCCCAUCUUCAGCCGGCUCUCCGUCUCCGAUGAUUAGGAGUCAAGAAAGGGACAGGAAGAUGGAGACCAUUCACUUCCCAUUCCCACGUCUCCUCCUCUUGAGCUCUGUUUACAGGAGAAGCAGCUAAUCUCAUCACAAAUCCAGAUCAAGUCUCUUCCAAAAUCAUGAACAGUUGGUAAAGCAGAAUCUGAUUAAGGCCCUGCACUGGUGCAUUGGUGGAAUGAAUAUGAAGGAUUGUGUAACGUAGCUCAGAGAUCACAUUAUAGAAUACUUUAAUAUAACUUAUUAUGGGCAGUAGGAGAGGCAGGAGGGUCUGUGUGUGUUCAGUACAGGGUGUCUCUAUGCUGUGUGUUGCAGCCAUUAUUAUUCUGAUCUCCUGUGCCUUGACACUUCCUCGAGGCUUGUGACAACUCAGUGUUUCACUUUUUAAAGGAUCGUCACCAUAAAAUGGAACAAGAGCUCGUCAGUAGACAGUGAUAGUGCCUUAGGUAUUUUUCGUGUGAAGCAAACAGUAACAGUAAGACUGUCUCUUCACCUCUAAUCAUGCCCAGUGUCCUGUUCCCCUGCGUGUCACGCUGACUGUGUUUUAGAGUCCGUCUGACAGAUUGCUUUUCUUCAGACAGGCUGGAAUGCUGGUGCAAUGUGCCUCUUAAUAUCCAGCCUGUGGUCAGCUAUUAUUCUCCGUUUGCUCACCGGAGACUCUUUCUUUUUCCAACAUAUCUCUGAAGUUGGAGUUAAAGAGUCAGUUUACCCAGAUUUAAGAAAAUGAUAUUCCCUCACUUACCUGUAGUGUCAUAUUCCUAUAACAAUGCAGAUUCUCCUGCUUAUCAUUUUAUUCAGAGAUAUCCGUUCCUUCAAUCCUAUUUAAAUACAUUUAGUCGCCACAUGUCGUCCAGAUGGGUUUCUGUGUCACUCAGAACCCACUGGAGACAUUUUUACAAAUGUUCCAGUAGAGCUGUUCACUCUGAGGUCCAUAGAGGCACACGGGAACAGAGACACUAAGUGUGUCAUUUUGAAACUGGGAUAUUGGGUUAUUUGGCUCUUGGUAAACUGACUCUUCAACAUGCUUUAACAGCAGUUGGCAGGUUCUGAGUGUUGAUUGGCCACGUUGGUCUUUAGAUUUGAACCUCGUUUGAACAAUUAGAUUAUUUGUUAGCAGUGGAGUUUAUCCAAUUGAUCAGUUCUGUCUGAAAUCAAAUGCGCUCCUGUUGAUUCCACCGUAAUUAUUAUUAUUAUUAUUAUUGUCUAGUUUAUUUCCCAAGGCCUUCUGAGUAAGCGCUUUGGGGGUCACUGCUUAUUUAUCAAAAUGUAUUUAUUGCUGAUCUUAAGCAUUUUUAUUUUGUAUUUAUCUGGUUAAUGAAACAAUAGAAUAUAUAUUUUCUUUUAUGUGAAAUUAGGAUCCUCUGCGUUAAUCGCAAGAUUGCGAAGAUCCAUUUGUGUUACUUUUUUCACAGUUAAUAUAUUAUACUGCAAUGACAUAUUUUGUAACAUUUGAUUUAUUUGCAAAGUGAACCUUAAUUUAAACACAUUUGUAUUUAUUGUUUGCUCCUCCCACAUGUUUGACUGCAGGUGGAGGUAGCAGUCAGUGCCUCAGUGUAUGUUUGAGUGGAGGGGGUGGGGGGGGUGAGAUGUGCAGCUGCCAUAAAGAAGUUCAAAUUAAUUCAGUCAGUGCAAACUAAUCAGGUAAGUAAGCUAGUAGCAUACAGGGUGUGUGUAGCGUCUGAGUGCAGGUAAUGCAGGUGUAGCAGGGUUCUGAUGUGUGCCUUAUUGUCUCCGCCCCCCAUCUUUUUUUGCCAGAGCAUUUUGUGUCUCUAAACGUGGAAUCAAUGAUGAAUGUGUUUGAGUGAACAUAUGUAUUGGCAUAGAGUGGUGCAGGAAUGAGUCCUAAAGGUUUUGGUUCCCUCGUCUCAAAUGAACUGCAUUUUUUUAAAUGUUAUUUUUGUCUUAGGUGCCUGAAAGAAUGUGUGUGGGUUACACAAGCUAAAGACAUUAUCACGCCGAACAUUAGCCAGCUUUAGCUUAGCAGUGUAGUUCUGUUAAAGCCAAACUAAGUUUUCUUACCUUUGGCAAUUGCAUUUACGUUUCAGAAAUCAUAAAAUGAAGUUAAUAAGUAGAGAUUAUUUUUGCUGAACAAAGUAUAUUAUUUUCUGUAUUAUUCCAAAAUCAAAUUAUUUUUAAUUGAGAGAACCAUGUGAUGCUAAACUCUAGGUGGCCUUACGAGAAUACGUCAUGACUGCACCACUCUAGUGAUAUUCCUUUUAAGGCCUUAUUUAGUGGAUUUUGAGAUGGCACUAGUCAGGAGAAAAUAUGUGUGUACUCUUCUGAUCAUUGCAACAUUCACCGUGGUUUUAGAUCUCCAUUCUUCAGGUAUACUGAUUUGACUGUAAAACCAUCCACUGCAGUGCAUCCAUGAAUAAUAUUGAACAGCAGAAUAUUUCAAAGUGACUUGCAUUUGUGUUGGAACCCUGUGUUCAUCUCCCACCUUCAUCUUACAAAAUGCCAAAGGAUAACGUAGCUUCCUUUAGUCCAGCCUCUCCUCCCUGCUGCAGUUCGUGGCAGCAGCUUUUGUCAUUUGGAAGAAUGUAAACUGGCUCUGGAACAGCUGUCUGUCCAUAUUGGUCCUUUACUGGGAUUAUUUCUCAUUUGACUAUUAAAGUCACUGAAUCAGUUUCACUUUGUGACUAAAGCAUCUUCAGCUGUUAUUUUGAAAAGAUGAUUGAGCAGAAUGCUUGUUCCAUGGAUAGGCUAAGUAGCACUUUGAGUCAUCACAAUGAUGAUGUCGUCAAGGUUAUUAUUGACCACUUUUUCCCAUGAAAGUGCCUAUAAAUACAUUCCAGGUUAACAGAGCAAAUUAAAGCCUAAAAUGUAUUCCUGUAGGUUAGAGGUUAACAUAAUUGACACAUGAAAAGUGUUGAAUGUAUUCUCCAGCAGCCAUUGCUGUUAUUACAGUAAUUACUUUGUUUAUUUUGUAAUGACAGAUUGCAGUUGAAACCAAUAAAACAUGUAUUUAUAUUAA